AUGUCGGACAGCGAGUCUGUGGAGACUAUCAACACGGGCGAGCUCUUUGCGCUGCCGUCGGACUCGGGUGACUCCCGCAGCGGUGACGAAGUCGACGGCUUCGGCCUCGGUGCCGGCCUCGACGACUUUGACCUCGCCCUCCCACCAACACCUUCGCUCGUCGACGCCAUGCGCUCGGCAGGCAUUGAGCCGCCGUCGCAUGUCCCGCCAUCGCCGGCGCCCGCCCAACCACUGCUCGAUCCAGCGCCUGCGCCUGUAUCCGCCCCUCCGCCCGCGUCGGCGCCUGCACCUCGACCCGCUCUCACACAUGCGCCCGCGCCUGCGCUCGUGCCCGAGCCGGUUCCCACUCAUUCGCUCGAUUUCGACUCUAUGGCUGCCGCAGUCGCAGCCGUCUCUGCGCCGCUCAUUUCCGUCGAGCCCAAUGCCGGCGACGAUUCCCUCCAGCCGGAGCUCGACGAGACACUGCCGCCGAUGGACGACACGCUGCCACCGGCAGACGACACUGACGAUGACUCGCUGGUGCUUGACGACACACUUCCUCCGCCAGCUUUGACGUCUCCGCUCGACGUCACCCUCUCGCCCUUGUCGGCCGUCGAUGACAGCCUCGCGCUUGACGAGUCGCUGCCUCCGGCCACUCCUGCCAGCGAUGGCAGCCACGGAAGCGCUCCCCUCGCCCGCAAUCUUGUGUUCAUGACACCGUCGACGGCACUGCAAAGCGAGGAUCUUGAGCCGGAGCCUCUAGCUGCGCCUGCUUCCAAGCCACAGCACAGCACUACGGCUGCGCACGACCUGUCGAUGUCGUCGUCUCACGCUUCGCUCGACGAGCUGGCAGAGCUUUAUGACGUGCUCGAUGAGCUUCGCGAUGGCAUUCUCACCAUGGUUGCCAACGAGGAAAACGUACAUGGAGGUAAGAGUGGGAGCAAGCUGCGGAGCGCGCCAUCUGAGCUCGCCCGCAAACUCACGCGCUCGCGGUUGCUUCUAGAGCGGCAAGAGGCGGCCAACCGCGAACUGGUCGGCGAGCUGAUGGUGAUGAAGGCACGCGAGCUGGCACGCCGUAGGCUGGCUCAAGUAGGCCUCGAGCCGCAGGAGGCAGUUGCACUCCUGAAGGCUGCUCAUGCACGGGCCCCAUCUUGUGGCGGGCAGAUCGAGACCGACGACCAGCUCGCGGCUGCGCUUGAUGAGUGGCAGCGCUCGCUCCUUCGCGAGCACACGAGGAUCAAGUGGCGGGCACAGGAAGAGUACAAAAAGGCUCGUGCCAGGGUUCGCGAGCUCCGCGCUGCUCUUGUCCGCGAAAAGCGCCAGAGCAGUAAUCUGGCCAAAGCCCUUGCCGCCGCCCAAUCGUCGCAAGAGUCGCUGACGCUCCUCACCCUCAAGCAAGACAAGCGCGACUUGAUGACCGCUGUUGGCCGGCUCAAAGACAAGCUUGCAGCCGGGCGCAAGCAGUAUGACGCCCUCACUUCCAAGCUCAGCCAGCAUCAAGCGGCAAGCAAAGCGGCCGAGAAGAAGGCCCGCGAUGCGCUCCGGCGGACAAGAAACCAGCUGUCCGGCCAAAUCCGCAAGCUCAAGGCCGAGUGCGAGGCGACCAAGGCGGCGGCCGCUGAGGCUGCUGCCCCGUCUCCAGCGCCGGCCUCUGAAAUCCAGAGCCUCCGGGCCCGUCUUGACGUCGCCGAGCAGCGUGCCGGGCGCGCCGAGGCUGAGCGCAGCCAGCUCGAGGCCUGCAUUGUCGCGCUGCAGGCCCAGCUGGACGCCGCACGGGCAGUCGCAGGCUCGUCGCCGGAGCAGCAGGGUGGCAUGACCCGGUCGCGGUCGCUGUCGCAGUCGCGGUCGCGGUCGCCUCCGCUCUCGCCGCCGUCGACUCGGGCGCCGUCGGUCCUCGACAUCUCGCUCUCGCCGUCGCCGCCGAUGACGCCGCGACAGAAGCCUGCGCCACCUUCCAGCGCCUCGGGCUAUGUGCUCUCCGAGUCAGACUCGGAUGAUGGUGGAGCGCCGAUGACCAGAGCGCCGACUACCGGGGGCGAGUCCGGCUACGUGCUUUCCGACUCAGACUCUGAGCCCGACGGAGCGCCGGCUACAGAGCCGGCUCCGGCGGCAGCAGGCAACAUGUCAUUUGCGCUGUCAGACUCGGACUCGAUGUAGCUGUUUCCGAUGAUGAUGUUAAUAGCCGCACGUUGUCGACGCUCCAAGCGAUCACUCGGACGGUGCGGGAUCGGCAACUACCAGCGAAGCCGGCAGAAAGUUCUGCAGCUCCUUGGGAAUGUAC